UCCCCUCAUGUCCUGAUCGCUGAUAGUCCAGAUCACAGGUUGCUUGUUUUCCAGCUGCAGCCUCGUCGUUUAUCGUGUGUGUGCUGCAGAGAAGAGCCCAUCAUGCCUGGACUUCUGCUGGGAGACGAGUUCCCCAACUUCGAGGCCGACACCACCAUCGGCAGGAUCAAGUUUCACGAUUUCCUGGGCAGCUCAUGGGGUAUUCUGUUCUCCCACCCAAAGGACUUCACUCCUGUCUGCACCACUGAGCUCGCCCGUGCCGCUAAGAUCAGUGAUGAGUUCAAGAAGCGAGGUGUGAAGAUGAUCGCCUUGUCAAUUGACAGUGUUGAGGAUCACCGCAACUGGAGCAAGGAUGUGAUGGCAUAUAACACUGUGGCUGAAAGCCCUCUGCCCUUCCCCAUCAUCGCUGAUGACAAGAGAGAGCUGUCCGUGAAGUUGGGCAUGUUGGACCCCGAUGAGAUCGACAAGGAUGGAAUGCCCCUCACUGCUCGCUGUGUCUUUGUGAUUGGCCCAGACAAGAGGCUGAAGCUCUCCAUCCUCUACCCUGCAACCACAGGAAGGAACUUUGAUGAGUUGCUGCGAGUCAUCGACUCUCUGCAGCUUACUGCACAGAAGAAGGUCGCUACACCGGUCGACUGGAAGCCUGGCGACAAAGUCAUGGUGAUUCCCUCUCUCUCUGAUGCUGAAGCAGCUGCUCUCUUCCCUAACGGUGUGACCACUAAAGAGGUGCCUUCUGGGAAGAAAUACCUGCGCUUCACCCAGCCCUGAAGAUGUACUAAAAGCCACAUCCUUCUCUAGUUUACUGCUCUGUGACCCUGCAAACUCUGGAUGAUAAUCCAUACAUAGAAUUGACCAAAAUCGUAGAUGCACUUAACAAGUUUGGUUACUAGCGUUUACACUCAUACAUUUCUAAUCAUGCUAUGUGUCCAGCAGCCAACCAGGAAUGUUUAUAGUGUCAUUGUACAGUGCCUUGUUUACCUUCCUGUAAUAAACCGACUUUUCACAUAA